CUCCUGUCAGUCAAGCAAUCGCUUAGAUCUCUUCUCACUCAGCUGCCGCCAUGUAUAUCCCCGUCGGUACCCUUGCCACUGCCUCGCUCCUUGCCGGGGCUGCUCUGGCUGCACCCACUCCCUCCCCGCUCAAGGGAAGAAAUAUUGUCCGCAGAAGCGGCAGCCACACCGUCUACAAGCCCGCCGCCUUCGCUGCUCCCAGUCACAACAAGGCCUCCUCCAAGUACCUCGAGCUGAGCAAGACCAAGUCCAAGGGAAACGUGAACCCUCGUAGUGCUGCUUACGUCAAGCGCUCCACCAGCAGUGGCAGCUCCAGCUUGAUCUCCCUCUUCGAAGGCGAGGAGUUCGCUACCUCAAUCACCAUCGGUGGUGAUUCUUUUGACGUUAUCGUCGACACCGGCUCCAGUGACACCUGGGUUGUCAAGACAGGCUUCACAUGUAUUGACCUCGACACUGGCCGCGAAACCUCCGAGUCCAGCUGCGACUUCGGCUCCACCUGGACUGUCGAGAGCUCUUUCAAGGAAAUUGAGGGCGAAGAAUUCGCCAUCGAAUAUGGUGAUGGUGAAUACCUCUACGGAGUGAUGGGUAACGAAACCGUCACUCUUGCCAAUAUCACUGUGGAUCAAACCAUCGGAGUGGUCACUGAGGCCGCCUGGGAGGGCGACGGAACCACCUCUGGCCUGACUGGUCUUGCGUAUCCUGCCCUUACGAGCGCCUACUCCACAACCACCGACGAGCAGAUUGUCUACAGCAACAUCAUUACUACCAUGUGGGAGGAGGGCCUGAUCGAACCUCUGUUCAGUCUGGCCAUUGAGCGCGAUGUUUCCGGUGCCGCUGGCUAUCUGGCUCUCGGCGGUCUGCCUCCUGUGGACUUCGUAGAAGACUUCACCAACACCUCAAUCCUGGUCACCAACAUCGAAGGCUACUCCAAGGCCUACGACUUCUACACCAUCAACAUUGACGCUGUCACUCUGAACGGCAAGAGCUUGGCCAGUGCUGGUGGCGACGACAUCCAGUACAUCGUCGAUUCGGGCACCACCCUGAACUACUACCCAACUUCCAUCGCUGAGGAGAUCAACGCCGCUUUCUCCCCUGCGGCGACUUACUCCGACGAGGAGGGCGCCUACAUUGUAGACUGCGACGCCACCCCUCCCACCCACGGCAUCACCAUCAGCGGAAAGACCUUCUACAUCAACCCCCUCGACAUGAUCCUCGAUGCUGGCACCGACGACGAGGGCAACACCAUCUGCAUUUCCGGUAUCGUUGACGGUGGUAGCGACACCUCCGAAGAUCUCUACAUUCUGGGCGACACCUUCCAGAAGAAUGUCGUCACUGUGUUCGACAUUGGCGCCACGGAGCUGAGAUUCGCUGCUCGCGAGAACUACACCUCCAACGACACCUACUAGAUAUAGACUGGAUAUGUCCCCAUUAUUCACAUGUAUAGUUAUGUUGAAUGUAGUAUGAAAUUCAUGUUCACAAUCAAUACCCCUUAAUGGCUUUAAU